UUGACGCACAGACGCGAGAGGAGAUGAGAUGCUUCGAUCUUUUUAUUAACAUAUAUUUCAUUAUAUUACUCCUUUCCAUCAUAUCGACGCGUUUAGUUUCAUAUUGUGCAUUUAUUCCAAGUGUUAGGUUUGAUAACUUAGGUUUAGAUUUCUACAAAACGCUGUAAAUUAUUAGAUACACUUGUAGCUAGUUAAUCAUAUUGAAGAUGAUAGCAAGUGUCAUCUUUUUACAAAACCUUAUUCAUAUGUUCCGAAAACAGCUCAAACAUUCAGGCGACUUGCAAACGAAUUAGAAUUGUUGCGUCCUUAGCUGUAGUUCUGUCUUGGUUAUUUGGCUGGACAAAGCCUUUUUAGUGGAAAUUGAAUGUCAUGGUUUCCUGCAGCCAUGUCUUGUAAAUCUAAAGUUGCUCCCAGUGUUGACUUCGACCACAGCUGCUCUGAUAGUGUCGAGUAUUUGACACUCAACUUUGGGCCCUUUGAGACUGUCCAUCGCUGGAGGAGGCUACCACCAUGUGAUGAGUUUGUGGGUGCAAGGCGUAGCAAGCACACUGUUGUGGCAUACAGGGAUGCCAUCUACGUCUUUGGAGGAGACAAUGGGAAGAACAUGCUGAAUGACCUGUUACGGUUUGACGUGAAAGACUGCUCAUGGUGCCGGGCAUUUACUACUGGCACCCCACCAGCACCAAGAUAUCACCAUUCUGCUGUUGUGUAUGGAAGCAGCAUGUUUGUGUUUGGUGGCUACACUGGAGAUAUCUAUUCGAACUCUAACUUGAAAAAUAAAAACGAUCUGUUUGAGUACAAGUUUGCCACCGGUCAGUGGACAGAAUGGAAGGUGGAGGGGCGUUUGGUUGCCAGAUCUGCCCAUGGAGCCACAGUCUAUAAUGACAAGCUUUGGAUUUUUGCUGGAUAUGAUGGAAACGCAAGGCUGAAUGAUAUGUGGACCAUUGGUCUUCAGGAUCGUGAGCAGGCUUCCUGGGAAGAGAUUGAACAAAGUGGAGAAAUUCCCCCCUCCUGCUGUAACUUCCCUGUAGCUGUAUGUCAGGAUAAGAUGUUUGUAUUCUCUGGCCAGAGUGGAGCCAAGAUCACCAACAACCUCUUUCAGUUUGAAUUCAAAGGCCACAUAUGGACUCGUAUCCCAACUGAGCACUUACUGCGCGGUUCCCCUCCGCCUCCUCAGAGACGCUAUGGACACACAAUGGUGGCAUUUGACCGUCACUUGUACGUGUUUGGAGGGGCGGCAGACAACACUCUGCCUAAUGAACUUCACUGCUAUGAUGUAGACUCUCAGACCUGGGAGGUCAUACAGCCCAGCACAGAUAGUGAGAUGCCAAGUGGGAGGCUGUUCCAUGCAGCGGCUGUUAUCCACGAUGCCAUGUACAUCUUUGGCGGGACAGUGGAUAAUAAUGUGCGCAGUGGAGAAAUGUAUAGAUUUCAGUUUUCUUGUUAUCCAAAGUGCACACUUCACGAAGACUACGGGAAACUGUGGGAAAACCGUCAAUUCUGUGAUGUCGAGUUUAUUUUGGGGGAGAGGGAGGAGAAGGUUCUUGGUCAUAUCGCCAUAGUAACGGCUCGCUGUCAGUGGCUUCGCAAGAAGAUUCUACAGGCGAGAGAUCGACAGAAACAGAAGAGUAAACAGGAAGGCAAUGAGGAGAGUGAAGAGUCUGGCUUUGGCAGUGGAAGGACUUCAAGGGGUCCUCCUUUAUUAGAAGUAUCAAUCCGAGAGGCAGACGCUCAACCAUUUGAAGUUUUGAUGCAGUUUCUGUACACAGACAAGAUACAGUACCCACGCAAAGGUCACGUCCAGGAUGUGCUGUUGAUCAUGGACGUAUAUAAACUUGCUCUGAGUUUUAAACUGUCCAGACUGGAGCAGCUCUGUGUACAGUACAUCGAGGCAUCUGUUGAUCUGCAGAACGUCCUGAGUGUGUGUGAAAAUGCAAACAAACUUCAGCUGGACCAGCUCAAGGAGCAUUGCUUGAACUUCGUGGUGAAGGAGAGUCACUUUAAUCAGGUAAUCAUGACUAAAGAGUUUGAGCGCCUGUCCACUCCACUAAUCGUGGAGAUCGUGAGACGAAAACAACAGCCGCCUCCCAGAGUCUAUUCUGAUCAGCCAGUGGAUAUAGGCACAUCUCUCGUGCAGGACAUGAAGGCCUAUCUGGAGGGGGCGGGGUAUGAGUUCUGUGACAUCAUACUUUUGCUUGAUGGCCAUCCACGCCCUGCACAUAAGGCCAUACUGGCUGCUCGCUCCAGUUAUUUUGAGGCCAUGUUCCGCUCCUUCAUGCCAGAGGACGGACAGGUGAAUAUUUCAAUAGGUGAGAUGGUUCCUAGUACACAGGCCUUUGAAUCUAUGUUGCGCUAUAUUUAUUAUGGGGACGUCAACAUGCCUCCAGAGGACUCGCUGUAUCUCUUUGCAGCACCUUAUUACUACGGUUUCUCCAACAACAGACUGCAGGCCUACUGCAAACAGAACCUAGAGAUGAACGUUACAGUGGAGAAUGUCUUACAGAUCUUGGAGGCGGCUGAUAAGACUCAAGCUCUGGACAUGAAGAAACACUGCCUGCACAUAAUCGUCCAUCAGUUCACCAAGGUGUCCAAGCUCCCCAACCUGCGAUCGCUCAGCCAGCCGCUGCUGUUGGACAUCAUUGACUCACUGGCAUCCCACAUAUCAGACAAACAGUGCACUGAGAUGAGCUCUGAUAUAUAGCCUCUCCUCUCCUCUCCUCCCUUCUCUCAUCCCGUCCCGUCCCAUCCCAUCCACUACAAACGUAUUAAUUUAAUCUUCUGCCCAAUUCCUUCCCUUUCCGUCCAGCACCUCCUCCCAACCUAUUCAGGGCCGGCGCUGGCCAAAUUGAUGCACUACCCAGAGUUCCGUGAUUGUCAGACGGGGGGAGGGGGGUUGCGAAGUGAUGAACUGACGUGGUGCGAGCUGCGAGGCGAUCAUCUGCGUUCCGCGACUGCAGUCGUGUCCUUGAAUAAUGUAUAAUGCGAGCAAGGGCAGCCGGUGGAGUUAUUCCUGCUUCACACCCCAUUCUGUGUGCUGCUUCACAUACCCGUAGAUUUGAAUGAUCAAAAUUGUGAUUGGGAAACAUGCAGGAUGAUUGUACAAUUGCUAAAAAUAACUACUGUUACAUAAUACUGAAACCGUAUUUUGAAAAUGCACUUAAUUGCUAGUGCACAUUACACAAGUCUAAUUUCAGUUUACUGCCCAUUUUAAAAAAAACAACAACUAAUAAUUACAAAUUAGACAAUUAAGUUUCCCACAUAUUUAAAGCUUUAAAACAACGUAUUGGAGUGGAUCUGAUGUGUCCAGGUCACAUUUCACUGCAAAAAAAUAAAUAAAAAUAAAUAGCGUUUUGACAAAUUUUCAUUAUAAUUAAUCACAUUUCCCCACCAAAAUUUUCAUCGAUAUAAUGUGUUUUUUGUUACGUUUUUAUUUUUGUGCCCAUCAUUCACCAUGGUGUUUCUCAUUAAAUUCUUAUUUAUGUAAUAUACAUUUAGGUCCCACUUUAUGGUAAAACUUUACAAAAAGGUUUCAUUUAUUAACAUUAGUUAACAUUAGUUAACAUGAACUAACAAUGAACAAUACUUUUACAGCAUGUACUAAUCUUAAUGUUAAUUUCAACACAUAAUAACACAUUUUAAAAUCAUAAUUAGCAUUUGAUAAAAUUAUUGCACAAUGAACUAACAAUGAACAAUUGUAUUUUUAUGAACUAACAUUAGCUAAGAUUAAUAAAUGCUGUAAAAUCACAUUGUUAAUUGUUAGUUCAUGAUACCAAAUGCAUUAACUAAUGUUAACAAAUGCAACCUUAUUGUAAAGUUUUACCCACUUUAUAUUAGGUAUAUUUAACUAAUAUGUUCUAAUAUUAAAUUACAUACUAUGCUAUGUAUUUAUUGUUUAACUACAUGUGGUCUCACUUUAUAUUAGGUGGACUUAACUACUAUGUACUAACAUUGAAAUACAUGCAAGACUAUUUACUGUGUAACUACAUGUUGUUCUGCUAAAUUCCCACAUUUGCUGCUACUGAGAUUGAGGUACGGGUAGGUUUUGGAUUAGGGGUUAGAGUUAGGUUUUGGGGUAAGGGUUGGGUUAGGGGUAAAGUUAACAGUGUAACUACAUAUGUAAUUAAAUGCAAGUACUUUAAAUGUAAUUACAAUGCAACAACAUGUAUGUACAUAAUAAGUACUUAGUAUCAAAUGGUUAAAUACAUAGUAGUUAAGGCCACCUAAUAUAAAUUGGGUCCCUAUAUGUUGUUCUGCAAAGUUUUCACAAGAUUCACAUUUGCUGCUACUGAGUUUGAAGUAUAGGUAGGUUUAGGAGUAGGGGUAAAGUUAGGGUACAGGUAAGGAUUGGGUUAGGGGUAAGGUUAACAGUGUAAGAUGUAAUUACAAACAGGUACUUUAAAUGUAAGUACAUUGUAUCAAAUGCUUAAGUACGUAGUAGUUAUAGAGACCAAAAAAAGUUGGUCCAAUAUUUACAUUUAUUAAUUUAGCGAACACUUUCAUCAAAAGCGACUUAAAAAUGAGAAAUACAGCAAAAGUGAGUUCUAAUAAGAGAAAAUCUACAGUACAAAGUUUCAGUUUUGUUCAGAGAGGAAAGUGAGAGACAGUGAUGAAAAAAUAAUUUGGUUUUUUAUUUUUAUGAAGCAUAGUAAUUAUGUAUAUAUUCAUUUAAAUUUUUUGUAUUACAUUAAAGAAAAAAUACUGCAAUACAAAAUCUAAAAUCAGAUAUCAAUACAAGAAUUAAAAUCAGAAUAAAGGCAGUAUAACAAAUACUACCAUUAUUUUUAAUCAUUACAGGAAUGAGAAUAAGAUUAUUUGUUAUUCAGGAAAUGCAAAUUGGGUGGUAAAUGUGUUUAAUUCUCAUGAUAAUAAUAUCACAUUCCAAAAAACUUUAAUUGUCUUAAAAUGGGCUUCAUUUUCUUGAUUUUGGGGUGAAAUAUGACCUAGGCAUGUUCUCAGAUUCAACCAUUGUGGUCAUUCUUGACCGUAGUUUAUAUUACAGAUUCCAUAUAUUCUUUUACAUUUAACAAUGAAUUGAAUUCACAAUAUAAAUUCUGUUUCAUAUUCUAACCUGCACUUUAUAAAUGUAAAAGUAGUCAGAUUUAUUUAAUCCAUAAAACUUGUAUUGAUUCUCUAUUGCUGUUAUCUUGAGUUAUGUCAUUGCUCUUGAUUACACCAUUAUGACAUAAAUAAGUGAAUCAUCACAACAAAAGUCAAUGUUAAGAUGUAACAAUGUUAUACUUUACUGUAACCAUGAAAAUAAAGCUGAAUUAUCUGUUGGCCCUGUGGGCACUAUGCCUUAAAUAAAUUGUGCAAUGU